GCGCGUCGCUGGAAAGCGGGCUCGGCCAGCCGGGGGGAGCUCGAGCGGCACUACCAGCGAGUCCGAGACCGCCGUUGAGCUCAAGCGGCAGAGGACGCUGGCGAGGCGUGUGAAGAGGCGGCGCCACGCGGUAGCUCGUGCGAUCGAGGACGGGGUGCCGCUCGACCGCUACUUGGAGUCGAGCACGGUGACACCGCGGGUGAGGGCCCAGUACCAGACGGAGACGAUGGGCGCCCGCCUGGCCCACUACUUCACCUCGCUGUACUUGCUGGGCGAGCAGGCUUCGACGGGGAUGUAUGCGGCGGCGGCUGUGAACCAUUUCUACCCAAGGUUUGGGCGCUCGGGAGCGGACGCACCACCACGGAUGUGGAAGGCGCUGAAGGGGUGGGAGCGGCUGGCGCCUGGGAGAGCCAGGAUGCCCGAGCCGCUCAACGUCUGGUGUGCCCUUAUGCAUGUUCUGGUGCUACGGGGACGGCGGAUGAUGGCGAUGCUCUUGGCGCUGGCCGUGUCGACCUACCUCAGGCCGUCGCCCCUGUUCCGUCUACGCCCUGGCGUCAUCGUGAAGCCAGGGGUGGCACGAGCGACGCCCGACACACUGGGGGAGUUCGACCUGAGCGCGAAGCUGGACUCCUCGUGGCUUCGGUGGAUCGGGCCUGUCCUGAGCGAGAUGCAGAUGCUCGGUCCUCGGAAGCCAGUGUGGGAGUUCGACUACCCCGAGCUGCUGCGCGAGAUGAAGGCGGCAUGCCGCAUGCUGCAGCUGCGGCCCGCCACGCCGCAUCAGGCGCGGCACUCGGGCUCCAGCAUCGACCGCGCCAGCGGCGAGAAGACGCAGGCAGAGGUGCAGCGGCGAGGAGGCUGGCGCCAGUUGAAGAACAUGGCGCGCUGCGAGAAGAGCGUGCGCGGGCCGAAGCUGGAGGCUCACGGCGACCAGUGUUUGCGCGAGCUGGAGCGCGCCUUGGUGUGGGGGCAUCCAGCCCUCGCCGAGCGGUGCAAAGCGCUCCUGAUCGGGGACGAGUUGGCCACGAUCGGGUCGGGCCUCGCCGAGAGUGGGGUGCCGACCUGGAUGUGGCGAGGCGACACCCUCUAUGACGAGCGGCUGGGC